CCUUUCCGAAUAUGGAAACACGAGAUAUACGAGUGCUUGUUUAAUGAGAUUAAGAGAUUAACAUGUUUAUGCAGAUUACUUUAUAAACCGGAUUGAGGGAGAUGUGCAGAAUCUCUGUUCUUUUCAGGUGUGGAGGAGAUCUUCUCAUAAGUGGCAACAAUGCCGGUCAUAGAUGUAGAGAAUAUGACAGACCUGGAUAAGGCUAAAAUGGAAGUAACCCAGCUCAAAGUUGAGGUGAAGCUUGAGAGGGCAAAGGUAUCUAAAUGCUGUGAAGAGAUCACAGAGUACAUUCAGAGUGGAGCAGAUGAGGAUCCUUUGGUCAAAGGCAUUCCAGAGGAGAAGAACCCAUUUAAGGAGAAAGGCGGAUGUGUCAUUUGCUGAUGAGGACAGAGGAGCUCCGAGAUUUUGCAGUUUAGUUUGCCCAUGGACAUCUGCUAAUUCUAAUCGUAGCUGGAAUUCUUUGCAGCGUGGAAAAUCAUAAACAUGGAUAGAUGUUCAGAAUAAACUCUAAAUGGCUUUUUCUACCUUGUAACUGACUCAAUAGAAUAUGGACACUUAUGUAUAUUUCUUGAAGAGUAAUAAAUCAAAAUAUAAUUGUA